AAUAUUAAGAAAAAACAAUAAAGUUAAAGACACUCCAAUUCAUUCAGCCACAUGUUUUUAAUCACGUUCAACAGUAUCCAUUUUGUGAUAGUUUAUCUAUCAUCUUGGCUGUAUAGUGGAGCAGCCAGUGAGAGGAGAAGUGCAACAACAUACAAAAUAUGGAGAAAUUCUGCAUUCUUUUAGUUGUGUUACUAUUUCAGGUUGGAUCAGGAAUCGCAAGCUCUAAUUCCGCUGUCAAGUUUCUUCCAGGGUUUGAUGGGCCGCUUCCAUUUGAACUUGAAACCGGAUAUAUUGGUGUGGAUGAAUCAGAGGAAGUGCAGCUUUUUUAUUACUUUAUUAAGUCACAGAGGAACUUUAAAGAGGAUCCUCUUUUGCUUUGGCUUACAGGAGGCCCUGGCUGCUCUGCCUUAUCCGGUCUUCUUUACGAAAUUGGUCCACUCACUUUUAAGGUAGCGGAGUACAAUGGGAGCUUGCCUACUUUAAUCUUGAAUCCACACUCAUGGAUUCAGGCAGCCAGCAUAAUAUUUGUAGAUAUGCCAGUAGGCACUGGAUUUUCCUACACAAAAGCUCAACUUGCUUCUUAUGUAACUGAUCUGAAGCAAGUUCACCAAGCAGACCAAUUCCUCAGAAAGUGGCUAAAGGAUCAUCCGGAAUUCCUAUCAAAUCCAGUCUAUAUCGCAGGAGAUUCAUACUCUGGCAAAACUCUUCCAGCCAUAGUUCAACAGAUCAUAAAUGGGGCUGAAGUGGGUACCGAGCCUCUAAUCAAUCUCCAGGGAUACAUAAUUGGAAACCCUGUUACAGAUUCAAGUUUUGAUACCAAUGCUAAGAUCCCAUUCGCUCAUGGCAUGGCACUUAUUUCUGAUGAACUCUAUCAGUCACUGAAGAUAAGUUGUAGAGAAGACUAUGUAAAUAUUGAUCCAACCAAUACCCAAUGCUUAAAAUACAUGGAUGAUUAUGACAAGUGUACUUCAGGGCUCCUUGAGAAUCACAUUUUGGAACCCACUUGCGGUUAUUUUGCCUCCCCAAAGCCAUUUGAAUUAGUUGGCAAAAGAAGCUCUCUUAUCGACAACAAUCAAGACUCGCAAAAAAUUGACUGUCGUAGUUACGGAUACACACUUUCUUAUAAUUGGACUGCCUACGCCAGUGUUCGCCAAGCACUUCAUGUACGAGAGGGAACUGUAAAGGAAUGGUUGCGAUGCAAUUAUGAUUUACCUUAUACAUAUGAGAUUUCAAGCAGUGUCAAUUAUCAUGCAUACCUCUCCAACAAAGGUUACCGAUCACUCAUCUAUAGUGGGGAUCAUGACUUUAUGGUGCCAUACAUUGGAACUCAAGGAUGGAUAAGAUCUCUCAACUAUUCAAUAGUUGAUGAUUGGCGACCAUGGCUAGUCCAAGGCCAAGUUGCAGGAUACACAAGGACAUACUCUAAUCAGAUGACAUUUGCCACUGUUAAGGGUGGAGGGCACACGGCUCCAGAAUACAAGCCCGUAGAAUGCCUUGCCAUGAUCAAAAGGUGGUUAAAUCAGGAAUCACUGUAGCUAGGCGUGUUAAAGUCCUAUAAACAAGAAUCGGAAACCAUUGUUGCCUUAUGCGAAAUAUGUGCAUGUAAAUGAUGAAUCUAAAUGAUUCCGCACUUAAAAAUAAUAUUGCUGAUCAAUGCAAAUGACAGUGUGCCUUGCAUUAUUUUCCAUUACAAUGUACAACGUUAAAAUCAAUUCAGUACAGUAUAAGAUACUUUUUAGUUUAA